AUGGACGCCCAAGCCUACCUCAUCCGUCAUGGCUGGUCCGGACCCGGCAACCCACUGAAUCCCGACCGCCCGCAGGGCGGCGGCCUCGGUCUUACGAGACCCAUCCUCGUCGCGCGGCGCUCGGGCAACCAGGGCGUGGGCAAGAAGACGACCAAGGAUCCCACGAACCAGUGGUGGCUGCGGGGGUUUGAGGAUGCGCUGAAGGGCGUGGGGCAGGAGAGUGUCGGCGGUGCUGGGGCAGUGUCGAAGCCGAAUGCGUUGACGAGCGAGUUGUAUCGGUUUUUUGUGAGGGGGGAGGUUGUGCCUGGUACGAUUGAUAGGAGGAAGAAGGAGGUGGUGGAAGAGGUCAAGGGAAAGAGGAAAAGGGAGAAGGAUGGGGAUGUUGAAGAGGCAAAGGCGCGGCGGAAGGAGGAGAAGCGGAAGAAGCGGAAGGUGAAGGAGGUAUCGUCCAGUGUGGAUGAGACCACUACCGAGAGUCGAGACGAGAGUAAAGAGGAGCGCCGGCGGAGAAAGGAGGAGAAGAAGAGGAGGAAGCAAGAGAAGGAGCUGAGGAAGCAGGAGGAGAGCAGUGCCGGCGAGGAUGACAAGGCCGCUCGCAAGGAGAAGAAGAAAAAGGACAAGAAGAAGACGAAAGUCUUGGAAGACGAAUAUCCUACUCCUCCAUCUACGGAACAAGAGCAGACGGAGUCCAGCAGUGGACGGGACGAAUCCUCUGACCCGACGGCAAAGCCGAAGAAGAGGAAAGAGAAAGAGGAUUUGAGACAGGACAAAAAGGCCAGGAAGAAAGGCGCCUCGUCGUCGGAGGAUAGCACGAAAAAGAAGUCGAAAAAGUCGAAACAGUCGACCAACGAGUGA